GUCAUUAUCAUUGAACGAUACCCAUCAAAAGGCUUCCACGCUCUCAUCUUUCCCCGCUGCUUGCUCGGGCUCUUUUGCCAACGCAUGGCUGUGGUGGUCCUUGGCCCAGUGCCCUCGCAUACCUUGAAGCUUUGCACAGUUCAAAAACGGGCAUGACGAAGGUGUUCGAUUUCAUUUAUCCCUUUAGGGACAUAUUAUCCUGAAUAAUAUGCAUUCCAGCCACGUAUUGGGUUAGAUCGGGACUGAUAACGCGCGCAGCAACUUGUUUACAUUGUUCUUGACGGCUCCGCACGAUGAAGAUACUGCCGGGAGGAAUGAACAUUUCCAUACCAGACACCCCCAUAAAGAUACUGAGAGCAAGGCAUCCUCUUUCUCGGUUGAUGGGUAGAAAAUGGAACCGGGGAAUUAUGGUCAUUUCCCUCGUGGCAGGGGUCGUCAUGCUCCUCAUGACCGGAGCGUCAUAUACAGAUGGCUGGGAAGUUGGGCCUUUCGGCGCAAAAGGAACCCGAACUGUUAAUACGUGCACAAGCCCGUCGGGGUGUGGGAACGAAGGGGACGAAGAAGGGACAAGAAAGGAUGGCAUAUUUACCUCUGUGGAUGCAUUGCGCCUUGCACAAAGCUACACCUCGCGGCUGUUUAGAGCAAGUGGAUUUGAGUUUUGCGAUAUAUUGAACGGUGCAACAUUUGACGGGUUGGUGGAGAUUGCUCCAUUGGGUGGAUCGGUGGCUCAAGUCAACCCGACUGAGCAAGAGUUUGUGGAAUUGCUGGAUGGAGUAGCCCGGGAGGCGCAGGAGAGAUUGUCGAACAAAUACCCUGUUUUGAUGGAGAGAGAUGUACAUCGAUACAUUUGUUAUUCUGUCGCAGAAGGCGCAAACUCGUUUGUCAACAUCACCUCCAGUCCUCUGAUACACCGCAUUGAUCCCAUUUCAUACUACUCCUCGCUCAUCCCCGCUAUCAGGCCUUCCUUACCAUCACGUAUUCCCGGCCCGAGGAGAAAAUAUCCACUCGCCUACCUUCUCAUGUUACACGAUAUUGCUACCUUACAACAAGCCCAGCUACUUAUAAAUCAACUAGAUGACGGAUCCGCCAUCUUUCUAAUUCACGUUGAUGCACGUUCGAACAAGCUCCGUACUGCCCUAAAGGACUGGAUAGAACAGCGACAAGCAGAGCGAUUCAAGAAAAAGCUGCAGCCAGACGCAGUGGGCAACUUAUUUAUCGCAAAAACAUCAUAUGAAGGCAUGUGGGGCCAUGCGAGUCUCGUGUGGAUGCAGCUUAGUGGAUAUUGGGAGUUGUUAGACUUGGCCGAUUGGGACUUUGUCAUCAAUCUUUCGGGACACGAUUGGCCGUUGCGAACCAGCACUGAAAUGUAUCGGACGCUGAACAGCUCAGAUCACCAGGGGAAGGAACAUAUCGAGUUUUGGACGGAACCUUCUGAUUCGGCAGGCCGAUUGGUCCGUCCCCAUAUGGGCCGCUCGGACCGACCCGCGGUCGAAUGGUCUCUAUACCAUCCACCGGAUGUGGGACUUUCAUUCUACCCUUUUCCCGCAUGGCGAGCAUGUAAGCAACACCAAUGGAUGAUCCUCACCAGCAACUUUAUAAGAGAUUUGCGAACAAACGUGGACGCGAUGCAUUUACUGGCCUUUAUGGAACAUACGUGGAUCCCAGACGAAUCAUAUUUCUGCAUGGUGAUAGCAAACCACGCUCACUUUUCACAAAAUGUUGUAUACGACAAAAAACGAUACCUCCGUUUCGCGACACAGCAUCCCGUUUCACUCACCUUGGAAGACAAAAGCUAUUUCCCACCCGAAGAUCCACCGGGAACAGAAGCAAAAUACUUUUUUGUGCGUAAAGUCAAUGCAGUUGGAAAUAACACUCUUGUAGACUGGAUAAGAGUCAAUCAUAUCGAUAAACACGAUAUGAGACAGAGACCAGAGUCAAAGGCAGUGGUUGGGGAAAUGAAACCCAUUGGAUAGAAUUACAGUGCUGAGAUAUUUGACUGUCAUAUUCAUAUCUAAUUUAUUAAGAUAUAUUGGAGUGGUGAAAAUAAAGACUGUUUCAAAAACACUAAUUGGAGGGAGCUAGA